GCGUUCGUUGGGGUGUUCAUGAUCAGGGAUUUCACAGCCAGGCGCAGAUAUCUGGGAUGGAGAAUACACGCUUUACUGAAGAGGAAGAGGCUGAGGGAAGAAGAUGCUUUCAAUACCUGGUAGAGAAGGGUCUUGAUAAUGCUGCUAUUAUCAAGAGGUUUGACACCAUAGCUGAGAAAUACGACAAGAUGCAGGAUAUAAUUGGCAACAACUUGCCGAAAUGGAUGGGAGAGAGUCUAGCGGCUCUGUAUACCCGCAACCGACAGACUGUCAAGAUCUUGGAUGUAGCUGCAGGAACUGGAUUGGCCUCUCACGAGAUGCGGAAACACGGAUUCCUGCACAUUGAUGGUCUGGAACCGUCUGUCGGGAUGCUUGAACAGGCUAGGAAAAAAAACUUGUAUGAGCGAUACAUAUGUGACAUUCUUGCUGACAACAGCCUGGAUAUUUCUGAUGCAACAUACACUAUAGUAACAGUGGUCGGUCUCAGCUCCGAAAUAUUCAGUACACUGCCCAUCAAGGCAUUCGAGGAACUGGUGCGUGUCACGAAAUCAGGUGGCCAUAUCUUGAUGAAUCACUUCGACUACAUCUUCGAGAGGGAUGUCCUCCGUGCGAAUCUCUCCAGCCUAGAGAACUGUGGGCUAUGGAAACUGGAGGACAAGCAAAUUAUGCCCGAGAUCAAGAAGGGGAUUACCGGUCAUCUGCAUAUCUAUAAAGUUCUGUAGUCCUACACCAGGAGGAAACAAGGUGAUGACCGGUCAUCUUCAUGUCUAUCACGUUCUGCAGUCCUACACCAGGAGGAAACAAGGGGAUAUCUUGUCAUCUGCAUGUCUAUCACGUUCUGCAGUCCUACACCAGGAGGAAACAAGGUGAUGACCGGUCAUCUUCAUGUCUAUCAAGUUCUGUUGUCCUACAUCAGGAGGAAACAAGGUGAUGACCGGUCAUCUUCAUGUCUAUCACGUUCUGUUGUCCUACACCAGGAGGAAACAAGGUGAUGACCGGUCAUCUUCAUGUCUAUCAAGUUCUGUUGUCCUACAUCAGGAGGAAACAAGGUGAUGACCGGUCAUCUUCAUGUCUAUCACGUUCUGUAGUCCUACACCAGGAGAAAACAAGGUGAUGACCGGUCAUCUUCAUGUCUAUCAAGUUCUGUUGUCCUACAUCAGGAGGAAACAAGAUGAUGACCGGUCAUCUUUACGUCUAUCACGUUCUG